CGGGUUCCCUCAGCGCUAGUUGUGGAAACAGCCCAGCUCAGCGUCUGAGUAGUCAGUCUGAGGUGCUGGCCGCCGACGCCUCCGACGCACCAUGGCGUCUGCUGCCUUCGGGCUGACGCCGCGAUGGGUGAUGCUCCUCGGCGCGGCGCUGCUGCUGCUGCUUCUGCCUAUGGCCUCCGCGCAGGAACCUCCGGGGAUAGGUUGUGCCAAGUACACAAACAGAUCCUGUGAAGAGUGCCUCAGGAAUGUCUCGUGUCUAUGGUGCAACGAGAACAAGGCUUGCUUGGACUACCCAGUGAGAAAAAUCUUGCCCCCUGCUUCUCUUUGUAAAUUGAGUUCUGCUCGCUGGGGCGUAUGCUGGGUGAACUUUGAGGCCUUGAUCAUCACCAUGUCUGUGCUUGGGGGCACUGUGCUCCUGGGCAUCACUGUGUGCUGCUGCUGCUGCUGCCGCCAGAAGAAGAGCCGGAAGCCAGACAAGAGCGAUGAGCGGGCCAUCAGAGAGCAGGAGGAGAGGAGAGUGCGGCAGGAAGAGAGGAGAGCAGAGAUGAAGUCAAGACAUGAUGAAAUCAGGAAAAAAUAUGGUCUGUUUAAAGAACAAAACCCGUAUGAGAAGUUCUAAAGCAGGUGGCACACACUUGCUGCAGAUCUUGCAGUUCCAAAGUUUCCUGGGAGUACACUCUUCAGCACAGCCUGCAGAGACCUCACUACCACAGCCACCCUGGACCUGGUGAUCCCUCCAGCCUUAGCACGGGCGCCAGAGUGGCCUUGAGAGGACAAUCCUGCUCUUGUUCCCUCUAUCUUUGUGCGUAAUCACCCGAGACGUUAAUCUUGUAGAUGUCCUUUUUUAGGGGAGGAAAUGUGCUUGGUCCCACACUCUUCAAGCCGAUUGCAAAGCUGGCAGCCCGAGGUGCUGAUUGGCUGCUGAGUGACCUUGCUAUAAAUCUCACAUUGCAACAGUUUACUUGUCAUGGCAACAGUUGACCCACCAUCGUUGAUUCCUCAAGGCUGUGCUUUGUCCACAAGCCCAUCUCUGUGACAUGCCAUUGCUUUAGUUUUGGUGACCUUUUGGAAGGCUCUGUUCCCACAGUCUGGUAUGGAUUUGCUUUUUAACCCAGCUGUAUCCAGCAGCACAAGACCAUAUAAAGUCACCUGAAGUCUUUAUUUCCUCAGGAAACUGUCUUACCAAAACCUUUCAAGAAAAGUCCAGGCCUUGGGAUUUUCCAGUUGCCUUUUCCCCCACGAGAAAUCUGAGUUAUGAAGUCAGUUUGAUCCUCUUGUGAGGGCUGAACUGUCUGCCUUUGGCCUCUCCCCUGUGGUGAUGCCUGGAACCACCUGUCUACAGAAGGGCUUUUGGGCAGGUCUUGGACAUUUGUCUUCCAUCUGUCAGGCAGCUUCCCAGUUGAUUCUGUAUGUAUCAUGGAAGAUGAGCUCGUCCACCAGCCAUCCCGUUGUAGAAGCUGAGUGUGUAGAAAGCUAGGAGGACCCCACCCCAUACUUCUACCAGGAAAACUGCCUGAGCAGACAUGCACACCCACCUCACUUCCCACCCUGCUUCCAGCCAUGUCUCAGCUCACAGUGUCUGACACAUCAGCAUGGGCCCUUAGAAGCUUGUCAGGGAACACUCGGGUCCCCACGAUUCCCUCCACAGUGUACAUUUCUCUGAAAUCCAGAUGUGUCACUAGUUAAGCAGAUCACUGGUCUGAUAGCAAGGUAAGGAGGAGGAAAGAUACGGCCCCUAGGAGAACAGCCACCAGCAGCUGAGGUAGGCUUAGCCGGCUCCCUGCCUGAGACCUCACCUAGCAUUCGGUGACCUUUUCAGCUCUUGUCAGCCUGUCCAGGGAUUAACAUUUCUCUCUUCCCAUCUCUAAAACCUAAGGGAAUGACCCUCACCACAAUCUCUAGUCUUACCAUGUUUCUGACUUGUUAGACAUUUGAUAUAAUUUAAAGUGUCGUCAUACAUUAAGUAUUACAGUAGCCAUUGAAAGUUAUCUUUCUAUUGUCUGUUAGAAGGGAGCCUUCCUCACAGGCCUUGAUGAACUUUGUAUUAAUAUGUAGCACAUAUAAAUCAUACCUGUUAGGUUGCUGAGCUGAUGUUAGAAUGACCACUGCCCAAUGCAGAAUGUUUAAUUCUCCAGUGUAGAAAUGCAGCAGGUGCUCGCCGGACUGGUCGGCACCUCCUCUGGGCAGCAUGAACAGCCACAGAACGAAGCCUGAGACCAUCACACCCAGUGCCUUACUUUUUAACCACUUUCCAAUAAAACGCUGAAUAUGGCUUUGA